AUGGCAUCGCAACAGGUCCUCUUCGCCGAGACGAUAGCUUCUCUCAAAAGAAAUUUGAAACGAAAAACUUAUGAAUCCGACUCGGACGACUUUAUCGAUCACAACGGAAACCGUGGCCAGAAACUCAAGAAACGGGCGCGAUUCACUCGACAAGGCCAACUUGCACCACCAACAGGCCCCGAAGUAUAUCGCGAGGAGGUCGACUAUGCUGGCACGAGGCGGAAUAUUAUUAGCCGAAACCCGCCAUUUGUAGACGAUGACGGCUUCGAGGUCUACAGUGAAGACGAGAUGGACGAGCGCUUUCAGGACGCGCUCGCCAAUGCAAUCGACACAAAUCCCUACGCAAACGUGCACAUCGAACAUAUUCUCGCCCCCUUGACGUCCGUUACCGAUCUCGCGAACCACCCUGCGCUCGCGGCUGCCUACAACUCGAGGAGCCUGACGCAGCUUGCAAACCAAGCCAGCGAAUUGGCGCGCAAAGAGCAGCACGCGCUUUCGGAGGUCAAGAAACUCAUAACGGGGUUUUACGGGGAUUACACGUGGAUCCCCUGCGGUCUCCUUGUGGGCCCUAACGAUAUCGACCUCUACAGGGACGACAGCGCCCGCCUCCUCGGCACUUGCCAUUCUCAACGGCGACAAAAGGUUACGGUUAAUGGCACGCCUAACCCUACGGGGGCCACCUUGACAAAGGAGUCGGGGGUGAGGACCACUGUUGUAGAGGAUGUGGCCAUGACCGACAGGGAGGGUGCGCACGAGGGGCCAAAUAAUACCGAUAGGUCACUAAAUGACGAGGGCAAAGAGGGCCAAGAUGGUCGACAAAAUCUCACGUCGGACAAGUCUGGCGCCGGGGACUCGGCUGAGACGAGUUCGAAGGCCAAGCCAGCAUCAAAACCAUCAGAGGCCCUCCCAGAUGCGGAAGGGGCUGCGAAUGCCGACACGGUUCCGAACAAGUCAAAGACAAAGGCUGCAAACCCUGCGGUGAGAAAUGGAGACUCUAGCAGUCUACAACCAACCAGCGAACCAUCGCAGACUCAAACGAGCACUAAUCCCGACUCGGACGAAUUCCCCGUCCACCCGUUCUUCACUCCGCCGUCCUAUCCUCGGGCGGAUCGGGACAUGGGUCUCCCGGAAAACGAAGCCGACAACGUCCGCCAGCUUCUCUCCCACUACGUCCAAAAGCAAGAGGAAGUGUGUAGGGGAGCGCUCAAGCUAUAUUUCAAUCUGUUAAAGGCAGAUAGACUCCGCCACCAGGUGCUGAAAUGGUCCAAGGCCGAAGGCCACGUCGGUGAGCUUUCGGAUGGCGAGGACUGCCGCAUGCAGCCGGCCACGCUCCGGAUAGUUCUCUGA